AUGCCACCAAAGCACUCCAUCGGAGGGAAUGGCGACGCCGGGGCUGCUAAAGCACUGGAGCACAGCGUGGAGAUGGAGACAGAGGUUGCCUUCACCUCCGGUGAGUUAUCGCUGCACCCUGACGUCGUCGAUGGCGUCGAGCGUCCACAGCCGGAGGCGGAGUUCCACACCGACUCCGAUGACCACUCUGGCGACGAAUCCGACGACGACGGACAGCUGCUUUUGCUCUUGGCCUUGCCUCACUCCCUUCUUUGGUGUCCCGAUUCCUCCUCGGUGAACCCAGAGGACGUGGAUGCCAUCAUCCAGAACAUCGCCAAGGCCGCCGAGGCGGACGCCGAGAAGAUCGCUGCCGAGGAGGCCACCAAGGGCGCUGUCGAGGACGCCGCCAAGGGGCCUGCCGGGGAGGCCGGCAAGGCCGCCGCUGAGGAGACCGACAAGGGGCCUUCUGGGGAGGCGGACCUCCAGAAGCGCGUCGCCGAGACGCAGGACUGGCUCCGCUGGGCUCGCAACGAGCUGAAAGCUGCCCAGGGGGAGCUGGCCAAGCGUGAUGUGGAGCUCACCAUGAAGCUGGCCGACGUCGAGAAGGUGAAGGAGCUGGACGUGGAACGGGAUGGGCUGAAGGAGCAAGCCCUGAAGCUGUCCCGGGAGAAGGACACGCUCAACGGUGCCCUGACGGAGGCGCAAGGCGCGGCCAUCAGCAGGGCCGGGGAGCUCUCCGAGGCCAACAAGUCCAUCAAAGACCUCACGCUGAAACUGGACGGCCUCGAGGGGAUGCUCACGGAGGCCAACGCCCGGGAGGGGGCCCUGGCCAAGGAACUGGAGACCGAAAAGCAGCUGCAGAAGAACGAGGCUGCCGAGCAUAAGGAUUUCAAGGAGGGCAUCCGCCACCGCCGCCUCCUCCUCCAACCUGCCGCCUCCUCCGCCAAGCCCGCCGCCCCCAAGGCGAGGUCCAUGGACGACAUCGACGACGAUGAUGAUGAGGACGAGGAGGAGGGGGAGGACGACCAGGACAUGCGGGACCCCACCCCCGAGCCUGACGAGCUCGACGAGGACAUCGUCGAGUCCGACCUCGAGCUCGACCACGACGGCGUCGUCCACCCCGACCACGACGACGCGCCACAGAAGCAAGCACUAGUUAUGGCUCCUGUUCUUGGACCCUUCGGGGGUUCACAGUGGACUGACCGGAUGCAGGAAAUGUGCCAACUUCCUCUGGCGAAACUCUGCUGCCUUGCCCUAGAUGUCUAA